CUCUCUCUCCAGAUGGUAGAGGCCCCUCCCACAGAGCCAAGGGGGAAGUGAGGUUUGUUGAUCGAGGAGAAGGAAGUAGAGCCAAACAACAAGCGUUGCGGCCAGCAGAAGCCAUGAGGUCCUUCCUCCUCCUGCUCCCGCUCUGGGGGCUCUGGGGGGUCGUGGGGGCGUCAGACUUCAGGAUCUGUGCCUUCAACGUCCAAGUUUUCGGCGAGAGCAAAUCCAAAAACGUCGAGGUCAUGAAGACCCUCGUCAAGAUCAUUGCCCGCUGUGAUGUGUGCGUGCUUCAGGAAGUGAGGGACAGCAAAAACAAAGCUGUGCCGAAGCUUAUGGCCGAACUCAACAGUUACUACCGGGCCUCCCGCUACGAUUUGGUGUCCAGCGAGAGUCUGGGCCGGUCGGCCUAUCAGGAGCAGUAUGUGUUUGUGUACAGGACUGCGACGGCUGAGGUGGUGGGCCAGUACCAGUACCCGGACAACCUUCCUGGGAGCCCGGACGCCUUCGCCAGGGAGCCCUUCGUCGUGAAGUUCAAUGCGCCCUCAACAGCCAUAAAGAGUUUCGUCCUGAUCCCGGUCCACACCAGCCCGGAGAACGCCACCAUAGAGAUCGACGCUCUCUACGACGUCUUCACCGCCGUCCGGAGGAAGUGGAGGAAUGAGAACGUGAUGCUCCUGGGGGACUUCAACGCAGACUGCAGCUAUCUGCCCAAGAAGAACCGGAAGGACGUGCGCCUGCUGACGGACCCCCGCUUCCUGUGGCUGAUCGGAGACGACAGGGACACCACCGUCAGGGAGUCAACAGACUGCGCCUACGACAGGAUCGUCGUCGAGGGCAACACCUUCCCCCGCCUCAUCGUGCCGGGCUCGGCGGAGCCCUUCCUCUUCCCCGCCGAGUACGGCCUCACGGAGGAGCAGGCCCUCAGCGUCAGCGACCACUACCCGGUCCAGGUCUCUCUGAGGUCUGGACCCUAUCAGAAGGGGCGCCCUGUGAAGUCCGGUCCCUGUCCCGGCCUGGUCCUCAGCCCCCCCCUGGUGCUGGCCGUCUUCUGGCUGGCCUUCAGCUAAACCCACCGUGUGUGUGUGUGUGUGUGUGUGUGUGUGUGUGUGUGUGUGUGUGUGUGUGUGUGUGUGUGUGUGUGUGUGUGUGUGUGUGUGUGUGUGUGUG